AUGUGCAACCACAAGCCCUUCGAGCACGUCGACUCAUCGAUGGCGUUCUUCGGCCGCCACUACGCCGACGCCUUCGCCCCCCACGCGCUGCUGGAGCCGCUGCUGCUGGAGGCGGCCGGCCCCGACGCCGCCGCGGCCGCCGCCGCGCUGCAAGGCGGCCGCCUCGCGGCGGCCCUCGCGCCGGACGGGCCAGCCGGCGGCGGCGGUGGCGGGGGCGGGGGCGGAGGCGACGGCGGCUCCCUGCUGGUGUUCUGUGUGCAGGGCCGCGCGGGCGAGGUGGUCGCGCUCACGGCCCUGCGCCCGCAGGCGCCGUCGGCGCUGGCGAACGUGCGGGGCGGCGGUCCCGGCAGCCCAGGGGCCGGCGCCGGUGAGGCGGAGGAGCGGGGUGAGCAGGACGGCGGGCCGGAGAUCGCGCCCGGGCCCGCGGGCGGGCAGGAGGCUGCUGGCGGCCGCGACGACGCGGCGGCUGCUGCUAAUUGA